CUUCCUCUCCCUUCCUGCUCCCCCUCCUCCAUAUUGCUCGCUUUUCUUUCUCUUUUUAAAAAAGAAUUCAAAUAAUGUCUAUGGAAUAAUAGCACACCCUCAUUCACCUGAGUGCGGGACCCUGCAUUAAUUCAAGAGCAAUGAGCUGUGAUGGUGCCGGAGAUGCAUGGACACAGCCCAUGCCCAGCCUACAAGUCCCAGGAGCUCAUCCCUGCCUUGGCCACCGGGGAAAGCCCUGAGCUUGGUCUGGUUGCCCACCGCCACAUCCUGUCCCUUCCUGAGGAGGAGACAUGGCGCCAGCACAGCCCAGGGAUGUUGCCCACCCAGACUUCUGCUCUGCUCGAGCCCGAGGCCCUGGAGGACGCAGGAGCCUUACCAGGGUCCCCACGUGCCCUAUGCUUCGAUGCCUCCUCGGUCUUCUUCCCCAUGCAAGAAGGUGAGGGCUCAGGAUGGGAGGGCAGCAGUGCCCUCGAUCCCAGUCUGAGCCCAUUCCUUCCUGUGAGCCCAGAGGUCAUGAAACGGAGGCGAGGAGGGCUGAUUGAGCAGAGGGACAUCAUCAAAGCCCACGAAGCCCACAAGAUGCAGAGCACACCUCAAGCCCGGAGGAAAGAGUGGGAGAUGGCUCGCUUUGGGGAGGCUGUGGUUGGCAGGCCGGGAUCUGGAGAUGGAGACUCCGAGCAGAGCAGGAACCGGCAAGGAACACCAGUGCAGUCCUCGGGGGCAGCGGCAGCCUACAAGCAAUCCAAAGCCCAGAGGGCCAGGACUAUGGCUUUAUACAACCCCAUUCCGGUCAGGCAGAACUGUUUCACCGUCAACAGAUCCCUGUUUAUCUUCGGAGAAGAUAACAUUGUCAGGAAAUAUGCAAAGAAGCUCAUCGAUUGGCCGCCAUUUGAAUACAUGAUUCUGGCUACUAUCAUUGCCAAUUGCAUUGUCUUGGCAUUGGAACAACAUCUUCCAGAAGAUGAUAAGACUCCGAUGUCCAGAAGAUUGGAAAAAACCGAACCAUAUUUUAUUGGGAUUUUUUGCUUUGAAGCUGGGAUUAAAAUUGUGGCCCUCGGGUUUAUCUUCCACAAGGGCUCAUAUCUCCGUAAUGGCUGGAAUGUCAUGGACUUCAUUGUGGUUCUCAGUGGCAUCCUGGCCACAGCUGGGACUCACUUUAAUACCCAUGUGGACCUGAGGACCCUCCGGGCUGUGCGUGUACUGAGGCCGCUGAAACUUGUGUCAGGCAUUCCCAGUUUGCAAAUAGUACUCAAGUCAAUCAUGAAGGCAAUGGUGCCUCUUCUACAGAUUGGCCUUCUUCUGUUCUUUGCCAUCCUGAUGUUCGCCAUCAUUGGCCUGGAGUUUUACAGUGGAAAACUGCACAGGGCCUGCUUUAUGAACAAUUCAGGUGUGCUGGAGGGGUUUGACCCUCCCCACCCAUGUGGGGUGCAGGGCUGCCCAGAUGGUUAUGAGUGCAAAGACUGGAUUGGCCCCAAUGAUGGAAUCACUCAGUUUGACAACAUUCUCUUUGCUGUGCUGACCGUCUUCCAGUGUAUAACCAUGGAAGGAUGGACUACCGUGCUGUACAAUACCAAUGAUGCCUUAGGAGCCACCUGGAAUUGGCUGUACUUCAUCCCCCUCAUCAUCAUCGGAUCCUUCUUUGUUCUCAAUCUUGUCCUGGGAGUGCUUUCCGGGGAAUUUGCCAAAGAAAGAGAGAGAGUGGAGAACCGUAGAGCCUUUAUGAAACUGCGGAGACAGCAACAAAUCGAACGAGAGUUGAAUGGGUAUCGUGCUUGGAUAGACAAAGCAGAGGAAGUGAUGCUGGCUGAAGAAAACAAAAAUUCUGGAACAUCAGCUUUGGAAGUGCUCCGAAGGGCAACCAUCAAAAGGAGCCGUACUGAGGCCAUGACUCGUGACUCAAGUGAUGAACACUGUGUUGACAUCUCCUCUGUGGGUACUCCUCUUGCACGUGCCAGUAUAAAAAGUACUAAAGUAGAUGGAGCCUCUUAUUUUCGGCACAAGGAGCGGCUUCUACGUAUCUCCAUUCGUCAUAUGGUUAAAUCUCAAGUUUUUUAUUGGAUGGUUUUGAGCGUGGUAGCUCUCAACACUGCCUGUGUGGCUAUUGUCCAUCACAACCAGCCCCUGUGGCUCACCCACCUCCUCUACUAUGCAGAGUUUUUGUUUUUGGGACUCUUCCUUUUAGAAAUGGCCCUGAAGAUGUAUGGCAUGGGGCCACGUCUUUAUUUUCAUUCUUCCUUCAAUUGCUUUGAUUUUGGGGUCACUGUGGGAAGUAUCUUUGAAGUGGUUUGGGCCAUCUUUAGACCUGGCACCUCUUUUGGAAUCAGUGUCUUACGGGCUCUCCGACUUCUCAGAAUAUUUAAGGUUACCAAGUAUUGGGCAUCCCUACGGAAUUUAGUGGUCUCACUGAUGAGUUCCAUGAAAUCCAUCAUCAGUUUACUUUUCUUACUCUUCCUCUUUAUUGUUGUCUUUGCUCUGUUGGGAAUGCAGCUCUUUGGAGGCAGGUUUAAUUUUAAUGAUGGGACUCCUUCAGCAAAUUUUGACACCUUUCCUGCAGCCAUUAUGACAGUAUUCCAGAUCUUGACAGGUGAGGACUGGAAUGAGGUGAUGUACAAUGGGAUCCGUUCUCAGGGUGGAGUUAGCUCUGGUAUGUGGUCUGCCAUCUACUUCAUUGUGCUCACUCUGUUUGGCAACUACACCCUACUGAAUGUGUUCUUGGCCAUCGCUGUGGAUAAUUUGGCCAAUGCUCAGGAGCUGACAAAGGAUGAGCAGGAGGAGGAGGAGGCCUUCAAUCAGAAGCAUGCCCUACAGAAAGCCAAGGAAGUCAGCCCAAUGUCUGCACCUAACAUGCCUUCUAUAGAAAGAGACAGAAGGAGGAGACACCACAUGUCGAUGUGGGAGCCACGCAGCAGCCACCUGAGGGAGAGGAGGAGACGUCAUCACAUGUCUGUAUGGGAACAGCGCACCAGUCAGCUGAGGAGACACAUGCAGAUGUCCAGCCAGGAGGGUAUCAACAAGGAAGACGCCCCUCCCAUGAAUCCCCUCAACCCCCUCAAUCCCCUCAGCCCUCUCAAUCCCCUCAAUGCACAUCCUAGUCUUUACAGGAGGCCCAAACCUUUGGAGGGUUUGGGACUGGAGAAGUUUGAGGAGGAACCUGGAAAUCGUGGGGACUUUCAUAAGGGUGAACAAUCAGAAGACCAGAAGAGUCCCAUGUCCAGGCCUAGGAGGGAGCAGCAAUGGCUCUCCAAGUCAUGCCAUGGAAACUGUGACCCAGCAGAGCAGGAAUCAGGAGUUGGAGAGGCAGUGGUGGGCUUUGAGGAGCGGGCCCGUCACAGGCAGAGUCAGCGCCGUAGCCGCCACCGGCGAGUCCGGACUGAGAUGAAGGAACAGGCUUCCACUGGUGAAAGCAGAUCUGGGAGUCAGGAGAGAGGCCUGGAAGAAGGGAUAACAACUGAGGGGGAGAAGAGAAGGGACUCUAAGGGGAAUCAGGAGGGCAAGGAGGUUUCUAUUCACGAAGAAGAGAGAAGCAAAGAGUUAAAAAGAACCAAUAGCCUUAUGGUUUCAGGAGGCCGUGGGCUAUCAACACCUACUGAUGAAAUGAGGACUCCCUUGGUCCUCUCUCCUCCAGAGCUAGAAACAGGAAAGGACAUCGGCCUAACAGAGCAGGAGCAGGAGGGGACCAGUGAACAAGCACUUCUAGAGGAUGUACAGCUGGAUGUGGGCCGGGCUAUCAGUCGCAGUGAGCCUGACCUUUCCUCCAUAACAACCAACGUGGAGAAGGGCACGGAGAGCACUAGUGUUGCCGUCACCAUCCCUGACGUGGGCACCUUGGUGGAUUCCACUGUGGUGCAUAUUAGCAACAAAACAGAUGGAGAAGCUAGCCCCUUGAAGGAGGCAGAGAUUAAAGAGGAUGGAGAAGAAAUUGAGAAAAAGCGAAAGAAGGAAAAGAGCUCAAACACAGGCAAAGCAAUGGUGCCCCACAGCUCUAUGUUCAUCUUCAGCACUACUAACCCGAUUCGAAGGGCAUGCCACUACAUUGUGAAUCUACGCUACUUUGAAAUGUGCAUCCUUUUGGUUAUUGCAGCCAGCAGCAUUGCCUUGGCUGCUGAGGAUCCAGUCCUGACUAACUCAGAACGGAACAAAGUCCUGAGGUAUUUUGACUAUGUUUUUACUGGCGUAUUCACCUUUGAGAUGGUUAUAAAGAUGAUAGACCAGGGCCUGAUUCUACAGGAUGGAUCUUACUUUCGAGACCUGUGGAAUAUCUUGGACUUUGUGGUGGUAGUUGGGGCAUUGGUGGCCUUUGCUUUGGCGAACGCUUUGGGAACCAACAAAGGCCGGGAUAUCAAAACCAUUAAGUCUCUGCGUGUGCUCCGAGUUCUGAGGCCACUGAAAACCAUCAAACGCUUACCCAAGCUGAAGGCUGUCUUUGACUGUGUAGUGACCUCCCUGAAGAAUGUAUUCAACAUACUCAUUGUCUACAAGCUCUUCAUGUUCAUCUUUGCCGUCAUUGCAGUUCAACUCUUCAAGGGAAAAUUCUUUUAUUGCACAGAUAGCUCCAAAGACACAGAAAAGGAAUGCAUAGGCAACUAUGUGGAUCAUGAAAAAAACAAGAUGGAGGUAAAGGGUCGGGAAUGGAAACGUCAUGAGUUCCACUAUGACAACAUCAUUUGGGCCCUCUUGACCCUUUUCACUGUAUCUACAGGGGAGGGCUGGCCGCAAGUUUUGCAGCAUUCUGUGGACGUGACUGAGGAAGACCGGGGCCCAAGCCGCAGCAAUCGCAUGGAAAUGUCAAUUUUUUAUGUGGUUUACUUCGUGGUCUUCCCCUUCUUCUUUGUCAAUAUCUUUGUUGCCCUCAUCAUCAUUACUUUCCAGGAGCAAGGGGACAAGAUGAUGGAAGAGUGUAGCUUGGAAAAAAAUGAGAGGGCAUGCAUUGAUUUUGCCAUCAGUGCCAAACCACUCACCCGCUACAUGCCCCAGAACCGGCAUACCUUUCAGUACCGUGUUUGGCAUUUUGUGGUAUCCCCAUCUUUCGAAUACACCAUCAUGGCCAUGAUUGCCUUGAACACUGUGGUGCUGAUGAUGAAGUACUACUCUGCUCCCUGUACCUAUGAACUGGCACUGAAGUAUCUGAAUAUAGCUUUUACCAUCGUGUUCUCACUGGAAUGCAUCCUCAAGAUUAUUGCUUUCGGCUUCUUGAAUUAUUUCCGAGACACCUGGAACAUCUUUGAUUUCAUUACAGUCAUUGGCAGCAUCACAGAAAUUAUACUGACAGACAGCAAGCUGGUGAAUACUAGUGGCUUCAAUAUGAGCUUUCUAAAGCUCUUUCGAGCAGCCCGUCUUAUCAAGCUCCUCCGACAGGGUUAUACCAUCCGUAUUUUGCUAUGGACUUUUGUUCAGUCUUUUAAGGCCCUCCCCUAUGUCUGUCUAUUGAUUGCCAUGCUUUUCUUCAUUUAUGCCAUUAUUGGGAUGCAGGUUUUUGGAAAUAUAAAAUUAGAUGAAGAGAGUCACAUUAACCGACACAACAACUUCCGAAGUUUUUUUGGGUCCCUCAUGCUGCUCUUCAGGAGUGCCACAGGUGAGGCAUGGCAGGAAAUUAUGUUAUCUUGUCUGGGAGAGAAAGGCUGUGAACCUGAUACCACUGCACCCUCAGGGCAGAAUGAGAAUGAACGAUGUGGCACUGAUCUGGCCUACUUUUACUUUGUUUCUUUCAUCUUUUUCUGCUCUUUUUUGAUGCUUAACCUGUUUGUGGCUGUUAUCAUGGACAAUUUUGAGUACUUGACCCGGGACUCAUCUAUCCUUGGACCUCAUCACUUAGAUGAAUUUGUCCGAGUCUGGGCAGAGUAUGAUCGAGCUGCAUGCGGCAGGAUCCUGUAUAAGGAUAUGUACAAAUUAGUACGGGUGAUCUCGCCUCCUCUGGGCCUGGGAGAGAACUGCCCCUACAGGGUGGCGUGCAAGAGAUUGGUUCUGAUGAACAUGCCAGUAGCUGAGGACAUGACCGUCCAUUUCACUUCUACACUGAUGGCUCUAAUUCGAACAGCUCUGGACAUCAAGAUUGCAAAAGGUGGUGCAGAUAGGCAGCAGCUGGAUUCUGAGCUGCAAAAGGAGACCCUGGCUAUCUGGCCUCACCUGUCCCAGAAGAUGCUGGAUCUGCUUGUACCCAUGCCAAAAGCCUCAGACUUGACAGUUGGGAAAAUAUAUGCAGCCAUGAUGAUCAUGGACUAUUAUAAGCAAAGCAAAAUAAAGAAGCAGAGACAGCAGCUGGAAGAACAGAAAAAUGCUCCCAUGUUCCAGCGAAUGGAACCCUCAUCUUUGCCUCAGGAGAUCCUUUCUAAUGCCAAAGCCCUGCCUUAUCUCCAGCAGGACACUCUUUCAGGCCUGAGCAGUCGGAGUGGGUACCCAUCUAUGAGUCCACUUUCUCCCCAAGAAAUAUUCCAGUUGGCUUGUAUGGACCCAAACCAUGAGGAGUUCCAGGAGCAACAGUCUCUGGAGCCAGAGGUUAGUGAGUUAAAAAUCGUGCAAUCCUCUAAGCAUGGCAGCUACCUCCCUUCGGACACCCAGGAGCAUGCAGUAUCUGGGAGGGCAUCAUCAAUGCCACGCCUGACUAUGGAUCCCCAGGUGGUGACGGACCCAAGCUCCAUGAGGCGUUCCUUUUCCACUAUCAGAGACAAGCGCACGAACUCCUCCUGGUUAGAGGAGUUUUCAAUGGAGCGAAGCAGUGAAAACACCUACAAGUCUCGCCGACGCAGUUACCAUUCUUCUUUGCGCCUGUCAGCUCACCGGCUGAAUGCCGACUCAGGCCACAAAUCUGAUACCCAUCGCUCAGGAGGCAGAGAACGUGGCCGAUCCAAAGAACGCAAGCACCUUCUGUCUCCUGAUGUAUCCCGCUGUAAUUCUGAAGAACGGGGUGCUCAGGGAGACUGGGAGUCUCCUGAGCGACAACAGUCCAGAUCACCUAGUGAGGGCAGGUCUCAGACACCCAACAGACAAGGUACAGGUUCCCUUAGUGAAAGCUCCAUUCCUUCUAUCUCUGACACCAGCACCCCAAGGCGAGGUCGUCGACAGCUUCCACCUGUUCCCCCCAAACCCCGGCCCCUCCUCUCCUACAGCUCCUUGAUGCGACAUCCUGGUAGCAUCUCCCCACCAUAUGAUGGGAGUGAAGUUGGCUCCCCACUCCCCUCCAAGGCCCUGGAAGGCAAUGAUGCUUGCCUGACUGAGUCUUCCAGCUCACCACAAGCAAAGCAGAGUCAGCCCUCCACUCCCCAGCGCUAUAUCUCAGAGCCUUACCUGGCUUUGCAUGAAGACUCCCAUGCCUCGGACUGUGGCGAGGAGGAAACACUCACCUUUGAGGCUGCUGUGGCCACCAGCCUGGGCCGCUCCAACACCAUUGGUUCAGCCCCUCCCCUGAGACACAGCUGGCAGAUGCCCAAUGGGCACUACCGGAGGCGGAGGCGUGGGGGACCAGGGCCAGGGAUGAUGUGUGGGGCUGUUAGUGAUCUCCUGAGUGACACAGAAGAAGAUGAUAAAUGCUAGAGGCCAUGCCCCCCUCCAAUGCAUGCUCUUCUCCAAUAUGGGGGAAAACAGAUAGACCCAACAAGCCAGUGAAGCCUGGGGGGAGGAGGAAGAAGAAAGGACAUUAUGCAGAACCAGAGAAGAAAAAAGAAAGGAAAAUAGAAAAACACUCAAACCCACCAAAAAUGAUUUGAUUUCCCUUUGCAAGAUGGGCACAGCUAUGGAUCUGUCUCCUUGCUGAGGGACAGAGAGAGAAAUGUGGGAAUGUGGACAAUCAUCUUCAAGGGAAAAGAAACACCGAUAUAAUGGCUCUACUUCCCCCUCAUU